GCUCUUUAACCCAUACAAACUCUAUAUAAAUCAAACAAAGUCAGCACUUUUGGUCACAUUUUGUGGAAUAACCUUGUAAUCAUUUUGACACCCCCCAGUGACUUAGCUUUUUCUACCCUUUUAAGUUACCAGUAGAGGCUUUUUGACACCCCUGGUUACUUGCUGGCCGCCGCCACCUAAGGUGAGUUUCUCAACUCGACCCAUGGCAGCAGCAACCCUGCUAAGAAUCAAUGUAUUUUUUAAAAAUAACAUGACUUAACAUCCUCUUUAAAAUUGAUUUUAUGGGGGAUCGCCAUCCUGUAAUUUAGCAUGUUCUGGAUGGGUUUUAACAGUGUUCACAAUUUUUUCAGUUUUCAAUUAAACUGACUGGCAAGUGUUUAUGAAUGAAAUGAGAUUUGAGUUUCCACUUCCAUGUGAUGACAGGAUAUGGUGACAUUAUUAUUUACUUAAUAACUUUUUUAUUUUUAUUAUUUACUUAUAUAACAGCAAUUUAAUCAACUGAUAAAAGUAAUACAUCCAGGACGCAGCAACACAGUAUUUGAAGGUGACACAGUAUCAUAGUCAAUUAAAAGUAAGAGGUAUAAUCAUUACACCCCUAACCCCACCAUCCUUUUAUAGUUAAUUUCCCUGCCGAGACGCAAUGCGAUGACGCCAUUCGCGGCGCGUCAUACAACAGCGACGGGGCCGGAGGUCUCACGGAAGUAACCCAGCGGGUUAUAUAUAUAUAUAUAUAUAUUUAUUCUGCUUCUAUUGAUAUCGUUCUGUACCUGUUUUGUGUUUUUUGAAAUGCAGACAUGGCCAACCUCUGCCCUCCCCCAUCUCCCGCAGUCGCCAAAACGUUAAUCAGUAUCGAUGGCUACUCUCCUCUAUUAGCUGCCACUUUUGCGUACUGGGACAACAUUCUGGGACCGAGAGUAAGGCACAUAUGGUCCCCAAAGUCUGAUCAUGUAUUACUUAGUGACGGGGAGAUCACCUUCCUUGCUAACCAUACGCUGAACGGCGAGAUCUUACGCAAUGCUGAAAGCGGUGCCAUUGAUGUCAAGUUCUUUGUGCUGUCUGAGAAAGGCGUUAUCAUUGUAUCGCUUAUCUUUGAUGGGAACUGGAAUGGUGACAGGAGCACAUAUGGACUGUCCAUAAUCCUUCCACAGUCUGAACUGGCAUUUUACCUUCCUCUGCACAAGGUCUGCGUGGCUCGUCUCACACACAUCAUCAGGAAAGGGCGCAUAUGGAUGCACAAAGGCCAGAGUAUUACUCAUAUGUUGACUGGAGAAGUUAUCCCCAUAAUGGAACUUCUUUCUUCUAUAAAGUCGCAUGGUGUCCCAGAAGAGAUCGAUAUUACUUCAACUGUACUUAAUGAUGAUGACAUUGGUGACAGCUGUCAUGGUGAUUUCCUCAUCAACGCUAUCAGUUCACACAUGCAGACCUGUGGCUGCUCUGUGGUGGUAGGCAGCAGUGCAGAGAAAGUAAACAAGAUGGUGAGGACACUGUGUCUCUUUCUGUCUCCAACAGAAAGGAAAUGUUCCAGAUUAUGUCGCUCUGAAUCUUCUUUCCAGUAUGAAUCUGGCCUCUUUGUGCAAGGACUAUUGAAGGAUGCAACAGGAAGUUUUGUGCUGCCAUUUCGCCAGGUUAUGUAUGCACCUUACCCAACCACUCACAUUGAUGUGGAUAUAUUCACCGUGAAGCAGAUGCCUCCAUGUCAUGAGCACACUUAUAAUCAGAGGCGCUACAUGAGGGCAGAGCUGGGUGCUCUUUGGAAAGCCACUUCAGAUGAGGAGAUUGGGAUGGAUUCAGUCAUUCACAGUGAUGAGACCUUCACUCCUAAUCUCAACAUAUUUCAAGAUAUCCUGCACAGAGAUACAUUUGUGAAAAACUUUUUAGACCAGGUUUUCCAGUUGAAACCAAACUUAUCCUUGCGAAGCACAUUUCUGGCACAGUUUCUGCUCGUGCUUCAUAGAAAGGCUCUAACCUUGAUCAAAUACAUUGAGGAUGACACACAAAAAGGCAAGAAACCUUUCAAAUCUCUGCGUAGUCUGAAAACAGACCUGGACCUAGCAGCAGAGGGCGAUCUCUACAUAAUCAUGGCCUUGGCUGAAAAGAUCAAGCCAGGGCUUCAUUCAUUUAUAUUUGGCAGUUCGUUUCACACAAGCAUGCAAGAGAGGGAUGUACUGAUGACAUUUUAAUCCCUAAAUGACAACAUUUUUAUGUUCAGCCUCACCAUUACCACUCUGUUCAUUUAGAUUCAGAAUCUCUUUUGUCUCUUACGUGUUUCUAUGUGAAGCAUUCCCUCUAUAACAAUAUGUUACAUGGGAAUACAUGGGGGCUGUAAUUCUGCUUUUCUGUGUAUUAAUGCUGAAUACGUGGGCAGAUUUUGGUAAUAUCAAAUCAGAAUGACAGAUCAGGUCUCUGCCCGAAGGCCCUCCAAGUGAUCAUUCUGUAUGUAUCUGUUAUAAUGGACAAAGGGAGCUUUUUACAGUAUCUACACUGGAUCAGAUGUGAUCCCCCAAAACUGAACAUGUAAAUACCAAGCAACCAAUCUGUGUGUGAAGUCAUCUUCAUUUUACAAGUCGAUCUGUACAAAUGAUGCAGCUUAAAGUAAUGACUGGCCAAGCCAGCAAGCAGCAGUAUAAAAAUAAAAACAUGCUUGGUCAGCCAGCCAAAUGCACAUAUGCUGUAUAAUUAUGAUAUGCUAUUUAUAAAUUGUAAAGUAAUUUCAUAAAAAUAAGUAACAUACUGUUAUGGUGUGCUGUAAACUUUGUAUCAUUAUAUUUGUUAUGAAACAAAUGUGUGAUUGUGUAUUCAUUUUAAUUAAUAAUACUGUUAAAAAAAAAAAAAAAAGAAUAGGAAACUAAUGGCUAGAACACACAAGGCUAUUUCCGGUGCUUUGCUAUCAGUGGGGUAACAUGUAUAAAGCAGACCCCGUGGUCGCAGGGGGGCCUGGACAGUGGGGUCUGCUGUACCAUAGUUGUCCUCCCCUGCCCUUCUCCUACCUUUAAAAAAAGUUGCACAAGAGGACUGGGAGGAAGGGGGGGACUGGUAAUGCUGGGCCCCCUUAGAGGAUUUUUCUGCAGGGGGCCCGGAGCAGCCAAGUUACGCCACUGCUUGCUAUUAAGUGCCCCAUUCAUGCUACUUAGGUACCCAAAACUCUGACUUCUAUAAGAGAUGCCUGCAAACCCUGUGCCAGUGCCUGUGUUCUGAGGAAACUAUUUCCGACUAGUGCCUGCACAAGCACCUUCAGAGGAUGUGCUUAGAAAUCAAUGCAAGCACUUUAGUGCUGUGUGCACUUGAUACUUAAAAGAAGUCAUUCAGAUUGCAGAAAAUUGCCACAUGAGCAGUUGCUCUUGGUGUUAUAAAGCUAUCAGAAAUGAGCAAACAGUCUGUAGUUGUCAGAGAUGCUGGGAGAUGUUGUACAGUUAUUGCUUAAUACCACAAGACAUCAUGAUACAUAAAGCACCUUUGAAUCAUGUUACUUAACAACAGGCACUUGCUCGUAUUGCUAAUGUAUCCUGUGCUUAGCUUGACCAAAUAUACCGUUAAUGUAUUAUGAGCAAUAAAAAGUAUUCUCGAAGCUUCA